AUGCGUUUUCUGCAGAGAUGGAGUGGCUUUGGGGGGCUGUGGGUGCAGCGGCGGGGAAUGAGGAGAAGCUCGGUAUGUUUUGUAGACGAAACAGUGCUUCCAGGAGGCGCAGAUGCGCUUCGGAAGCGUGAAAAGGCGUCUGAAGACAUGUAUAUUAGAAAAAAAGAGAUCGAGCGGCUGAAGGGGCGUAAAAACGAUGUAAACAAGAAAGAGAGUGAAGAAACGGGGAAAAGCGAGGAAAAUAAAUAA